AUGAAGGAGAAGGAGGUGGGGGCGGAGCGGGGCAAGCCCGCCACUUACACCGGGGACAAGAAGGCUCGCAUGGCGGCCAAGACCAACAAGAAGUGGGUGCGCCUGGCCACCGUGCUGGCCUACGUCCUCUCCGUCUCGCUGGCCGCCAUCGUCCUCGCCGUCUACUACAGCCUCAUCUGGCAGCCGGUGCGUGGCGGCGGCGGCUCCGCUUCCAGCCCCGGCCCCGCCGCAGCCGCCACCUCCUCUUCGUCCUCGCAGCUCCGCGCUGUCCCGCCGCUGCCGCCGGGCGGCGGGGCCGGUCCAGGACAGGAGGCUCCGCCAGCGUCGCCGCGGACGGGCCCCGACCCCCGCGGCCUCGCCCACACCGAUCGCCCGGACACGUCGCAGCAGCCGCCGCCACCCGGGACCGAGCUGGACGCGGGGGACAGUGCUGCCGCUGCCGCGCUGCAGCGGGUGCAGGGGAGCCCCUGA